AGGUGGACAGAAUCGCGCGAGAUGCCGUUUAUGAUAGGCAAGGAGCCCGUGCGGCGGACGAUGAAGUAUCUGAUGGACGGCAGACUGGUCCUGAAGGAUAAGAUACAAAUAAUGUCCAUCAAUUACAACACGCACGGGCAGCUUCACAAAGGCACGAGAGACUUCGUGUUUUGGCAUCUACCGCAGCUGCAGUUCAAGAAUCCACGUGUGCAGAUAGUUACCUUCAAGAACAUAACCCCGACGCCGUUCAUAAAAUGCUACUACGACGACGGUAAGACGAUGCUGAUAGACAUAGACAGCAGAUCGAAGGACGAGAUACUCGAGCAUCUUACAAAAGUGGUGGGAAAAUCGGAGGAGAUAUUGAUCGAGGAAGCCAAAGCACGGGAGAGGAAGGACAAUCCGGCGAAUUUUGGAGUUGGCUGCAGCAGGAGCUGUAUCUGCCACGUCCCGGGACAGCUGCCGUGUCCCGGCAUAGUGCCACUGCCGUAUCACAUGCGAGGAAAGACCAGGCAUGGAAAAGCAGAGGCAGAAUAAAGAGUAGACCGACUGUAGUUGAAAAUUCUUGUUACACUUGUAUUAUAAUUGUAUGUAUUACAUGUACGUGUGUGUGUAUGUGUGUGUGCGUGUCUGUGUAUACCUUUAUCUGUAUCCAAAAGUAUGAACAAUGGAAGUAACUCGUA